AUGGCCUCACCCGUAGCAGCGCCGCUGAAGCGCAUCCAGGCGCCCCUCCGCAAAGCCCUCGGCGGCGGCUACCGAGCCUUCGCCACCGUCCCCGAACCCCCCUCGGCUCCGCAGCCGAAGUCGGUCGCCCGCCGCCCGACGUACUUCAAAGACCGCACCGUCGCCUCGCUCGACGACUUCAUCGCCGGCAAGCAGAAGAGCGACGCGGCGGCGCUCUCGGCCGCGGAGGCGUACGAGAUCCGCACGGUCGAGGUGACGGGCCCGACGGGCAAGAAGCGCACCAUCACGCGGCUGCCCGAGUGGCUCAAGACGCCGAUACCCGCGGGCAACGAGAACUUCAAGGCGAUCAAGAAGGACCUGCGCGGGCUGGGGCUGCACACGGUGUGCGAGGAGGCCAAGUGCCCGAACAUUGGCGAGUGCUGGGGCGGCAGCAGCAAGAGCGCGGCGACGGCGACGAUCAUGCUCAUGGGCGACACGUGCACGCGCGGGUGCCGGUUCUGCAGCGUCAAGACGAACCGCGCGCCGGCGCCGCUGGACCCGCACGAGCCGGAGAACACGGCGGAGGCGCUGGCGCGGUGGGGGCUGGGGUACGUGGUGCUGACGACGGUGGACCGCGACGAUCUGCCGGACAGCGGCGCGCACCACCUCGCGGAGACGAUCAGCCGGAUCAAGAGCAAGAAGGCGAGCCUGCUGGUGGAGGCGCUGACGGGCGACUUCAUGGGGAAUUUGGACAUGGUGAAGAUUGUGGCGGAGAGCGGGCUGGACGUGUUUGCGCAUAAUGUAGAGACGGUGGAGGCGCUGACGCCGUAUGUGAGAGAUAGGAGGGCGACGUUCAGGCAGAGUCUGAGCGUGCUGGAGCAGGCGAAGAAGGUCAAGCCGGAGCUGAUUACGAAGACGAGUAUGAUGAUGGGCUUGGGCGAGCAGGAGCACGAGGUCAUGGACGCGUUGAGGGAACUCCGCAAGGCCAACGUUGACGUCGUCACUUUCGGGCAGUACAUGCGUCCCACGAAGCGCCACCUCAAGGUCGAGAGGUACGUGACGCCGGACGAGUUCGACAUGUGGAAGCAUAGGGCGCUCGACAUGGGAUUCCUGUACUGCGCCAGCGGUCCGUUGGUGCGCAGCAGUUACAAGGCCGGCGAGGCGUUCAUCGAGAACGUCCUCCGCAAGAGGGCGGGCGAGAAGGCGCCCCUCGGGGCAAAGCAGCUCGGGCAGACGGUCGCGCUGGAGGAGGGCUUGAAGGCCUCUUCCCUUUGA